AAAUUUUCGACACGCAGUCAAGGUCUUGCGUGUAUUCAUAUGUUCACGCUACUAUGCUUUUAAGGAGUGCUGUUGGAUUUCUUCACGGAUUGCUAUACAAACCAUAUGGAUUCUGGGUUUUAUCGCCGGUUUUCAUUAUCUUGGAGAUUUAUGUGGCUUCAUUAUCAUUGACAAAGUACCAUAUACUGAAAUUGACUGGGUUGCGUAUAUGCAACAAGUGAGCGGAUUUAUAAACGGAACUUUAGACUAUGAUAAGUUGGAAGGUCAAACUGGGCCUUGUGUAUAUCCUGCCGGACAUUUAUAUGUUUAUACAUUCCUGCACUGGCUUUCAGGUGGUGGGUCCCUGAUCAGAAAUGCUCAAUUUGUAUUCCUCGGGCUUUAUAUAACAACACUGGUACUGAUUUUCAACAUAUACAGAUUAUCAUCCCAGAUCCCUCCUUAUGCCCUCUUUUUUAUGUGCAUUAUGUCUUAUCGUGUGCAUUCAAUAUAUCUCUUAAGGCUUUUCAACGACCCGGUGGCCAUGCUCUUCCUUUACGCCUCUGUCAAUGCACUUCUAUACAACCGUUUUACGGUCGGUAGCAUUUUGUUCAGUCUUGGUGUUUCGGUGAAAAUGAAUAUAUUAUUGUUCCUUCCUGGUUUCCUAAUUGUGUUGGUAUGGCACAAGGGAAUUUUGGAGACAAUAGGUCACCUGUGUGAGUGUUUCAUCGUUCAACUGGCCGUAGGUACACCUUUUCUAUUCCACAAUGCAUGGGCGUACGUUAGCAGUGCAUUUAAUUUCGGUCGUCAAUUUAUGUAUAUAUGGACAGUUAACUGGAGAUUUCUACCAGAAAGUGUAUUUUUGGAUAGGCGAUUUCAUAUGAUUCUACUAAUCUUGCAUUUAUGUAUGUUGUUCGUAUUCUUCUGGAAGUUUAUUCGAUCUCGUGGUGGGAUGAAGAAUUAUUUCUGUAUAUUUGACCCUGAACGUGAUUCAAAGUUGGAUCCUGCAGCUGUUCUAUAUCCUAUGUUCGUAUGCAAUUUUGUUGGUAUUGUUAUCAGCCGUUCGUUGCAUUACCAAUUCUACGUUUGGUAUUUUCAUACAAUUCCAUAUUUAUUGUGGUGUGUUAGACGUUUUUCCACUCCUGUGAAGUAAGCAAUGACACUUUUAGCCGUGUUCUUCAUUACUAAUCUAUACUUCUUAUUCCCGAUAUUCUCUCACUUAUAUAUUUCUGAUAACUGUGGGUUUUUUAGUCUUUCUGUCAGUUAAAGGGACUGAUUUCUUCAACACAGCUUUCAAAAUAACUUCCUUAACGAUUUUAUCGACCAAGUUUACAUCUCUAUAAAUCUCAAACCCAUCAUAUUGUGACUUCGUAGACUUGCAUUAUGUCUAGUUCUAAAUUCUAGAGCUCAGACCAUCCUUCUUUCACUGCGGCCAAAAUAGGUUGGGAGCAGACAUCAUCAGACAAUGUCUCAAUCAUUCCAGUUAACUCAAGUUCAUGACCACUAUCUGAUUUGUAUCCCUUAUGUAAUGUCUUAUCCGCACUCAGUGGUUCUGCCGAACUCAAUCGAUUUCCCAAGGAAACCGGUGGCUAAAAAUCUAUUACGUUGUGUUAUCCACUAUUAGGACUAUGGACCUGAAUCAUAUUUUCUAAAAUCUUACAAGUACCUGCCAUUAAUAUACAUGAUUGUUCAGCCGUAAAACAAGUCCAAAACAGUAAAAUUUACCAUAAUAUUUGUAGUUGGAAAGUAGACCGCUCAGAAGCUGUCAUAUAAGCUAAUUACCAUGAGUCUUUUUUAAACCAGCGCCAGGUUGCUUUUAUUUAUCGUCUGUUAAAACCGCCUGAUUUUUCGAACAAAUCCC